AUGAUGCACGCCAAUCGACAGUGGCCCUUCCAGCGAUCCGGUAGCAACGGAAACGGCAUCGUGUACGGUGUCGACUAUAACCACGACGACGGAGGAGGCGCAGAUGACGACGACGACGCCGCCGCCGAGGAGUUUGGUGACUUCGGCGGCGAUCCGACCGCAUCCGGCAGACGGUACUUGACUGUACAGCCAAAACAGUGGUGCACGUCCUACGUGGCUGCCAACCGACAACACUACGUGAGUAUACCAUUACGUGAAUAUAUUAUACUUUCUGCAAAAAUAAUAUUAUAA